AAAACAAAGAAAGUAAAAGGAACAUAACUGUUAGCCUUAGACGACUUUUAAAUCGUGAUCACUGGUAGUCACGACAUAGGUUAGUAGCCGACCGAAAGGAUGCUAGGACAAACAACGUUCCUGCUGCUAGUUACUGUGGCCUGGGCAGCAGACGUGGACGGCGGCUGGAACUCGUGGCUACAGUGGAGCACGUGCUCGGUCAGCUGUGGCCAUGGUUACCACGUGCGCUCAAGGAUCUGUGACAAUCCGGAACAGGAAGGCAAUGGGACCCAAUGCAUUGGCAGCGACUAUGAAACAAAAGGCUGUGAUAUGAAACACUGCCCAAUUGACGGUGUUUGGGGAUCCUGGGAUGCCUGGAAUCCUUGCUCGGUCACGUGUGGCGUGGGGAUCAAGUUCCGAAGACGGCACUGCGACAGCCCGGCACCGGCCUACAACGGAUCCGACUGUGUGGGAUCCUCGCAAAGCUUUUUGCAAUGCACGCAAGUGAACUGUCCAAUCGAUGGUGCCUGGUCCCCAUGGGGAGCUUUUGGAGCAUGUAGCAGCACCUGUGGUUACAAUACGUACAAGGAAAGAAACCGAACGUGCAGCCAGCCGGCGCCUGCGUAUGGUGGGCAGGACUGCAACGGAACUGACAUCAACAGCGCUAUCUGCAAGUUCAUAGACUGUAAAGACGGAACGUGGGAAGAGUGGGCGGCGUGGGGCGCGUGCAGUGCCACGUGCGGCACCACUGUGAAGUUCCGCUUCCGACAUUGCACAUUCUCGGCGCGCAAUGGCUCAUGUGCAGGCGACGAAUACAUGAGCGGGAUUUGUUCGACCCCGUGCCCAGUGGACGGCGCCUGGUCUCUGUGGUUGCCAUGGGCGGCAUGCUCAGUCACGUGUGAAACUGGAGUAACCAAUCGCACUCGACUGUGCAGCAAUCCCACGCCUGCGAACGGAGGCAAGACGUGUGAAGGAAUCAAUUCCGAAACGAAAUCGUGCACUGUACCGACGCACUGUCCGAUUGACGGCGAAUGGGGCUCAUGGAACGCUUGGUCCGAUUGUGACAAGACUUGUGGGGGCGGGGUCAGUUUUCGGCUUAGGAAGUGCGACAACCCACCUCCCAGGUACAACGGGUCACUCUGUGCUGGCCUAAAUAUCGACACCGUAAUGUGCAAUUCAAACACAUGCCCAGUGAACGGCGGCUGGUCCUCAUGGUAUCCAUGGAGUGAGUGUUCGAUCACAUGUGGUAACGGUACCGCUACGAGGCUGCGCACGUGCAAUAAUCCGAAACCAGUAGCAGGCGGUGCGUUCUGCGACGGCGAAUUCGAAGAGUUUCAAAACUGCAGCAUCAACCCAGAUACCACGAACUGCACCAUCGAUGGCGGCUGGAGUGCCUGGGGAUCGUGGGGUAGCUGCCUAGUCACCUGUGGGAACGGCACCAUGGAGCGCAUGCGCGACUGCAACAAUCCCCGGCCGCAUGGCCAGGGCAAGCAGUGCAGCGGCACGUCCAUCGAGUAUCAACCCUGCGACUCUCCAACGCACUGCCCGAUCCCAGGUGGCUGGGCGGAAUGGCGUUCGUGGUACCAAUGCAGCGCCACGUGCGGGGACAAUGUAACACAGCAACGCGUGCGCACGUGCACUAACCCGAAACCGCAGUACAAAGGGGAGUACUGUCUGGGUGAAGGAGAGGAAACACAGCCGUGCACGUUGCCAGAUUGUCCAGCGGAUAACCAACUCCCCGUUGGCCGUUAGCAGACUCCAAAAGUGGAUUGUGCUGUUACUUGUAUUAGUGCAUCGCUCGAUUAAUAAACAAUCCACUUGGGGGCACCCCACGCUAA